AUGGAAGCUAUAGUAAAGAACGCUAUACAGCAAUUUUGUGAAGAAAAUAACAUCUUGCAGGAUUUUCAACAUGGCUUCAGGAGAGGACGUUCCUGCCUCUCAAAUCUGCUAGCUUGUCUGGAAAUCUGGACCAGGGCUCUAGAAGAGGGUUUUGAGGUCGAUGUCGUGUACAUCGAUUUCCGCAAAGCUUUUGACACUGUCCCACACCAACGUCUUCUUCACAAAUUGAGCGACAUCGGCAUCCGGGGAGAUCUUCUGAACUGGAUUAGGGCGUUUCUGGUUGGUCGGAAACAACGUGUCUGUAUCGGGGAUGAUAUGUCAGAAUGGGUGAAUGUGACCAGUGGUGUGCCGCAAGGCUCAGUUCUGGGACCAUUACUCUUCAUCCUUUACGUUAACGACAGCCUUCAGGAACUCGACUGCGGCAAAAUAAUGUUUGCAGACGACGUUAAGCUCUGGCAAGUCAUUAAGGGUCCGAAUGAUCAGAGAUCCCUUCAAGAUAAUCUGCACCGACUGCAAGCGUGGUCGAAGAAAUGGCUUCUAGAUUUCAAUGUGGAGAAGUGUGCCGUCCUUCAUCUGCGUCCAACCAACUCUCAUUCAAGUGAGAGUCUGAGAACUUAUCACCUGAAAGAUAUAAGGCUCCCCGCAGAAUCUUCACAGAAGGAUCUCGGGGUUUGGAUACAGAACAACCUGAAACCAACACUGCAGUGCCACAAGGCUGCAAAAAACGCCAUGGGAGUGCUGCAUGCAAUAAAAAGGGCUUUCGUAAAUUUUGACCAAGACCUUUUUGGGAGAGUUUACGGCACAUUUGUUCGGCCCCACUUAGAAUAUGGCAUACAAGCAUGGCGGCCAUGGCUGGUAAAGGACCAAGAAUGCCUCGAACGGGUACAACGGCGUGCAACAAAGCUGGUAAACGGUCUAAAAAGCCAUUCCUACACAGACAGACUGAAUUGCCUUAAUUUAUUCCCUCUGUGUUACAGGCAGCAAAGAGGUGAUCUUAUCCUCGUCUACAAGAUAAUACGUGGCCUUGAGUAUGGACUUAAAUUUGAGGACAUGUUUCAGUGGCACCUUUCACCCAAUCUUCGUGGUCACCCGAUGAAGUUACGGACAACAAUGUCCAGGCUGAAUCUCCGUUCUGAAUUUUUCACGCAGAGGGUAGUGGAGAAAUGGAACGAUCUCCCUCAGUCAGUCGUGGAGGCUAUAUCCCUGCAACUCUUCAAGAAACGCUUGGAUGAUUAUUUGUGUCCCCUGUUUUCCCUCGACGGUCUGAAUCUGAACUAA